AUUUUUAAGCUUUUUUGUUUGACUUGCAUAUAUCAGGUAGCAGCAAAGAUUGUUGCACAUAAUGUGACCACCAGGGUUGGAAAUUAACUGUUUUUUGUCCACAUGCCGCUAAAUCUAGCAGCCACUCGAUAGACUACCGUCGUUUUGUUUUUUUGACUGGUGAGUGAAGCAAAUCUAGCGGCCACUUGCAUAUUUUUCCACCAUUUGGCUGGUGGCUGGUGCUAAUUUCCAACCCCGGUGACCACCCAGGCAGCCAGUUCACGGGAAGGAUACAUUAGAAAAAUUGGAUUUAUUUGAUUUGGGUGCAAUCUUUAACAGCAAAUCUGUUUAAUGGACAUUGAUAUACAAAUAUAUAUAUAAUACUUAAAUCACUUAAAAAUGUGUUUUAAAGACGAGUUGAUCAUUGACAGGUGUGCUGUACAAGUGGCUGUUGAAUAGACAAGUGGUUCUCAACCUUUUUUGUGUCAUGUAUCCCUAAAUUGAUAUACAUUAGGUCAUUUGAUAAGAUUUUGUUUCAGGGACCUGUGGAGAAAUUGAAACCUAUGAUCAUAAAUAGUCACUCUUGUGUGUCUUAUUCACAUUGGGCUCACUUCUAUACUUAAUUAAAUGGUGAAAAUGUACUAUUUAUUUUUCUUGGGACCCCCUGGAACUCCCUCAAGGACCACUGGGGGUCCCCCGACCCCUGGUUGAGAACCACUGGAAUAGACGAUGCUGAAGGGUCCAUGAGCAAAUCAUGGGUACUUAAAUGUUAAGUGCAUUUCAGCCAGUAUUCCCCCCCCCUGCAGGUUGUUGGCUGUCAUCACUCCUGUUAAUCCUGUCCAUUUAGAGAAGUGGUUUUGAUGUAAUUGAUGGGGACAAAAUCUUCUUUGUAAAAAUGUAUCCAGAAGUUUAUCUUAUAUAAGUCCAGUCUUCCAAAGCUGCAGUGUUAUAAGUAUGUGUUUUCACUGGGCAGUGUUUCCUGCAGUACAGAGAUGUCUAAUUUUAGAAGAUCUCUGCUUGAUUUGUCAGACACAAGAAAUCUAGUUUCCAUAAUUGAGUUAGGAUAUUAGAGUAACCUGAUUUUCUCUGAGCUGUUAUUCCCGGAGAAAUCAUUUUGUAACUGGGUUUCUAAUUGGCCUACACUCAAAAUCAACAAACAAUGGCAAACGGUGUCCUUUUCUGGGUUGGAUUUAUGGUUUAGAAAAACACUGAAAUGUCUGCAAUGACACAACACUUUUGUUUCUGUUCAGUAUUUAGAAAUGUUUUGUGGGUAAGCCACAAUCAGACAUUAUUGUAUGUAUAGUAUAUACAGUAUAAAAGCUUUUUGUUGACCCCACUGUGAGGUCUCUCUGAAUCAGAGCGACAGUUCAGUUUAUAGAAUUACAUUAAGCUAUAUGGUCGCUGUGAGUAACUUGGCUAAAAGCCUGGAAAGUAAAUGGAAAAAAAGUAAUGAUAAUAUAAUACAAUCUGACAGAAGGUGCCACUGACUCCUUUCACUGUUUCAUCCUCUACAGCGCCGCCCGAUAAGCCGGCUUCUCUUUGGCUCGGUGUGUUAGUAAUUAUCUGAUUAUUUCUGCAGAGCGCUGCCAGGGGCUGCGUUGCAUUUCCACACUUUAUUGAGAUAAGCCUGGACUCAGCGUGCAAGCGUAGCAGAAUGGGCUCCAGCUCGGCUGGACGAUGACCAGGAAGAGGAGCAGCAGCUCCUACAGACAUCUCUUGCUGCAGGACGAGAGCUGCCACACAGCGCCGUGAGGAGGAGGCAACACUCAAGGAAGAGAGGAGAUGCUGACUCAGCUGGUUUUGGGAUGGACUGCCUUGCUCAGCGGCCUCCAGCCGGCUGUUGCCUCGGUCACAACCAGAUUUCUGUCCAGCAGAGAGGGCAGCAGGUGGUCAGCGCCGAAAUGUGAAGUCUUUUUCCCUCCUCCACCACCUCCUCCACCUGCGUUUCCUACUGUCAAACGGAAAGCAUUGCUGAUGGUUGACAUAACAGAUCACAUCACAGGAGCAAAAGGGGAAAAGGGCUGCAGAGGACCCAGAGGACCCAUGGGCCGACCAGGUGUGACGGGUCCAGAGGCAGAACCUGGAACGCAAGGAGUCAUGGGACAGCUAGGUCAAAAGGGAGAGAAGGGUGAGAGAGGCUGGAGGGGCCUGUAUGGAGACAUAGGAACUCCCGGGAUGAUAAAGGGCAGUAAGGGACGUAAGGGAUUCAGGGGUGAUAAAGGUGUGAGAGGAAACAGAGGACGUGGUGGGGAGACGGGUGAGCAUGGCGUCGCUGCAGCGUCAGGAGCGAAGGGCGACCCGGGCCAGUGGGGAGAUGCAGGGUGGAGGGGUGAGCAAGGGACCAGAGGAAAGCCAGGAGGCAGAGGAUCCCUGGGGCUGAAAGGAACUCGUGGACUAACAGGACAGCGGGGUCAUUCUGGUUCUGGAGGACUGUCUGGUCGGACUGGAGAGCCUGGACUACCCGGACAAGUGUACGUCCUACCAGGCCUGCAGGGAGCCUCAGGAGUCCGAGGUCCUUCAGCCACAUGCAACUGUUCACAGAUUCAAACCCCGAAACGACGGUUGGACAGAAUCCAGACGAUCUUCAUCGCAGACGGAGAGAAACAGAUGAGGAGGCUGCGGGGGGAGAACGUGAUGGUGCUGAGGACAGACAGGAAAGCUCUGUACAUCUACUCUGAAUCUCAGUGGAUCAACGUGCUGGAGGACCCCAGACACUGACCCCACUCCAUUCAACAGCAAGAUCCUGAACCCCAACUCCUCCAGUGGAGCUGCUCCGACUGUGGUCGUACUGGAAGCCUCCAGAUGUGAAUGUGUGUAACUUAGUGAGUGCGAUCUCACUGAAUCUGCCCAUGUUAAAUAAAAGUUCUAAGAUGUAUUAUUACUUAUUGCAAUUACAUAUUUCAGUGAGUCUUUAACUUCAGCAUUUCCUCUUAUAUGAUUUAAACAUGCAUGUGUAUUGUUCCAGCUCAUUAUUACGUUUAAACAAUCCUCAUCCACAGUGUUCCUCUUUGAUUACACACUUAAAUUAACUGUAUUUUUCCAUUGUAAUAUUUUCCUCUUGUCAAUAGUUUAAUUUCAUGAAACUAAAAAGCAUUAUUUAUUUAAUGUAUUGCCCAGUAUAUGCUGCUGCUGCUGCAGUGAUUCAGCUCCCAGAGAAAGAUGAAUAAAAAUCAG